AUGCCCCAUGUUUUAUGUAGUCUCACUGGACUAUUCUCUGGCUCCAGAGCCUCCAUACUCUCUAUUUCCAACUGGCUCGCAAUCUUGUCCCCGUUCAGUUAUCUUCCGACCUCCUCUCUUUGCUGCUUUUCAACCCUUUCCGUUCGUUCGACUAGGUCGUUGGCUUCUUUAGCCUAUAUGGCUAUGAACGGGCCACAUCAGCACAAACGCCCACCCAACAAGCCCAUGAAUCAGAGACCGUUUAUGAAAGCCCUCGUGUUAAAAUGCCUGAUUCGUAAACCCAAAAAGCCCAACAGUGCCAAUCGCAAAUGCGUUCGGGUACGCUUGAGUGACGGCCGUGAAGUGGUAGCUCAUGUUCCAGGAGAGGGGCACAAUCUGCAAGAGCACAACGUGGUCCUCAUUCGUGGUGGUCGCACUCAAGAUCUGAUCGGAGUGAAGCAUAAAGUAGUUCGUGGUAUAUUCGAUUGUGCACCUGUCCAAAAACCGACGCCGAAAUAA